CUUCCGCCUCUUUUUUUUUCAAUGGUCAAACCCCAACACCGCCCCACGACCGCCGCCGCCUCCCUCCUCAAAUCCCGCAUUUUCAUCCCCUUCCGCUUUCCCAUUCUCCGUCACCGCUCCCCGUCCACUCCGGCAAACACACGGCAUCCAGAAACCCCAAUUUCGUCUCCCGCUUCUCUCUUUUUUUUCCUCUUCCAAAACCCGGAUCCCAAUGCGUAUCGCGUGAAAAGAGGGAUUGUAAUCGCACCCAUUUAGAUUUUUCCUUUUUUAAUUUCAGUUUUAUUACCGUGCAAUUAAAAAUUCUGGGAAUAUUCUCCUUUUGCCUUGUAGAGGACGUAUUAAUCCAUGGCCUCUCUCAUUCCUUUUCCGCUUCUUGAUUCGCUUUUUGGCAUUUCCAUCUCUCCUUUUUGCCUUAUCUUUUCAAUCACCCGUUGACCCGAAACCUCUGUUUCGAGUUUUUCCUGUUUCUUUUUUGUUUUGUUUUGUUUUGGGGGGGUUUUUAAACUCUUGUUUUGAAUAAGUAUACACUCAUUUGGAAUUUGGAAGAGAUGAGUGUUGCCAAGUCUCAAGUGUGGCAGCCCUGUAAAAAGAAGAGGCUUUAACAGUUUAGCGUUGAAUAGUUGAAAGUGAAGGGUACUUUAGGAAGACUGUUGAGAAUAAAUGGAUGGGAUUUGCAUUCAGAUUGUCUGAGCCAAGGCUCAAAACUUCGAAACCGUCUACUUACACGAGUGCCACGAUGUCUUCGAGUUCCAGUAGUGAGGGUGGAAGGACAAGAGUGGGUAGGUAUGAGUUGGGCAGGACAUUGGGAGAGGGGACAUUUGCAAAGGUGAAGUUUGCUAGGAAUGUAGAAACAGGGGACAAUGUGGCCGUCAAGAUUCUUGACAAAGAAAAACUUCUUAAACACAAGAUGGUUUCUCAGAUUAAGCGUGAGAUUUCAACCAUGAAACUAGUUAGGCAUCCCAAUGUCAUACGAAUGUUCGAGGUCAUGGCAAGCAAGUCAAAGAUAUAUAUUGUUAUGGAAUUUAUUACUGGUGGUGAACUAUUUGAUAAAAUCGCUAGUAAGGGGAGGCUGAAAGAAGAUGAAGCAAGAAAAUAUUUUCAACAGUUGAUUAAUGCUGUAGAUUACUGCCAUAGUAGAGGUGUGUUCCACAGAGACCUCAAGCCAGAGAAUUUGUUGUUGGAUUCCAAUGGAGUACUCAAAGUAUCUGAUUUUGGGUUGAGUGCACUUCCCCAGCAAGUUCGGGAAGAUGGAUUACUGCAUACUACAUGUGGAACACCAAAUUAUGUUGCUCCGGAGGUGAUCAACAAUAAAGGUUAUGACGGAGCUAAGGCAGACCUUUGGUCUUGCGGUGUAAUACUUUAUGUACUCAUGGCUGGGUAUUUACCGUUUGAAGACUCAAGUCUUACAGUGUUGUACAAAAAGAUACACAAAGCUGAUUUUACUUGUCCACCAUGGUUCUCCUCAAGUGCAAAGAAAUUAAUCAACAGAAUCCUGGAUCCAAAUCCUCAGAAGCGCAUUACAAUUGCUGAGGUCAUUGAGAAUGACUGGUUUAAGAAAGGUUAUCAGCCACCAGUCUUCGAACAGGAAGAAGUGAAUCUUGAUGAUGUCAAUGCCAUCUUUGAUGAAUCAGUUGACUCACCAAAACUCGUUGUGGAGAGACGGGAAGAGCUACCUGCUGCACCACUUGCGAUGAAUGCUUUCGAGCUAAUUUCUAGAUCUCAGGGCCUCAAUCUUAGUUCUCUCUUUGAAAAGCAAGUGGGUCUUGUUAAAAGGGAAACAAGAUUUACAUCGAAACAUCCUGCUUCAGUGAUUAUCUCAAAAAUUGAAGAAACAGCAAUACCUUUGGGCUUCAAUGUGAAGAAAAAUAAGCAUAAGCUAAAGCUUCAUGGAGAGAAGUCUGGCCGCAAGGGUCAUUUGUCAAUUGCGACUGAGAUUCUUGAAGUUACUCCUUCGCUUCACAUAGUAGAGCUUCGCAAGGCUGGAGGGGAUACCUUAGAAUUUCAUAAGUUCUAUAAAAACCUCUCGACAGGGUUGAAAGACGUGGUCUGGAAAACUGAGGAAGCAACAGAAGUUGGUGGUGCAAGCAGUGGUUGAGUUGGUGACUGGUGCGAUGUCGCAACCACUUCUGUAUUUGCAUUGGAUUUUUGCAGAGAAACCCUUUUUCCCCUCUUGGAAGAUCUUUUAUAGUUGUUGAAGACACAAGUGAAACCAAGUAAAUUGUCUAUCAAAGUUUAGAACAAUGUUGGGGGAGUAAGGAUCUAUUUUUGUCUAUCAAAGUUAUACUCAAAUUCCCAGAUGCAGCUGGCAUAUUAUGAAAUAUUUUGUAUAAUAGAUGAAAUAUUCUGUAAUAUGUACUGAGACAUUAUGUAUUGCAUUAUGAAAGUGUGAGAAAUAUUGUGCCCUUGGUUGAUACAUAAGGUAUAUGUGGA